GACAUUGAACGGGUAAAAAUCCGUGAACAGUAACGUUCUUAAAAUAUUCUCUCCAAAGGCAGGGCGAACUUUGAGCGUGGCGCAAGCUCUUUUUUCCAUCAGCUGUUUGGUUAUUCUUGCAAAAGCUAGCGAAUUUCACAGAUCUAGAGAAGGGAGACACAGCUUGGUAAAUUUCUGCUCGACAGUACUCCAACUGAUUUGGAUACUUUGUUUUGUUCAUAGCAGACAGAUAAUUGAUGGACAGUUUAUUGAGUGCACGAAUCAAACCAUUACCUACUCAUUGUAGACAAAUUCACUCAACUAUUCGACCCACGUUGUUAUUGCAAUUUUCUAGAAGAUUGGGUAAAAGUCAAAUGGAGAUGGGGAGAUGUCGCACGUCAUUUAAUUCAAUUGCCGCUUCAGUUCAGCCUGUAGAAGGCUCUGCACUUUCUCAAUUCAACAACACAUUGCCAUCCAAAGAGGUGUUGGAGCUGUGGAAAAGUGCAAAUGCAGUAUGCUUCGAUGUUGAUAGCACAGUUUGUGUAGAUGAGGGCAUUGAUGAAUUAGCAGAUUUCUGUGGAGCUGGAGAGGCUGUUGCAGAAUGGACUGCUAGGGCAAUGGGUGGCUCUGUUCCAUUUGAGGUUGCUUUGGCUGCUAGGCUAUCUUUGUUUAACCCUUCACUUUCCCAAGUUGAGGAAUUUCUCGCUAAGAGACCUCCAAGGCUUUCUCCAGGUAUAGAUGAAUUAGUUAAAAAGCUAAAAGCUAGCAACAUUGACGUAUAUCUGAUUUCCGGAGGUUUUCGUCAAAUGAUCAAUCCUGUUGCAUCAAUUCUUGGGAUUCCACAUGAGAAUAUUUUUGCCAACCAAUUGCUUUUCGGAAGCAAGGGUGAAUUCAUUGGCUUCGACGAAAAUGAGCCUACUUCAAGGAGUGGGGGGAAAGCAACUGCAGUGCAACAACUGAGGAAGGCUCGUGGAUACAAGACGUUGGUCAUGACCGGGGAUGGUGCAACUGAUCUUGAGGCUCGUAAACCAGGAGGUGCUGACUUGUUUAUUUGUUAUGCCGGUGUUCAACUUCGAGAAAACGUUGCAGCAAAAGCUGACUGGUUGGUCUUCAAUUUUGUAGAUUUGAUCAACUCCCUUGACUAGCACAUAUUUUUUUCAGAAAUGCAUCCUCCUUGAUUCUUACAUCUUGUAUUGCUUGCUUUCUUUAUGCUCUAUUUCUGCAGUCACACUAGGAACUUCCAUAAAUAAUUCUUCAAUGCCAUUGAAUUUUACAUCCUUACCCUAAUUAUUUCUAUGAA